AAGCAGCCCGACUGUGCGCAGCAGUGGAACGGGCCUCCUGGCUCCUCUGUCACAAUCCCGUGGAAGGAGCAGGUGCAUGGCUGGCUGGUGCGUACCUCCCCGAAGCCGCUUCUCAAACCUCUUUAAAACAGGAAGGAGAGAUGCCGCCUCCCAGUCCUCCAGGCCGGGCUCUGUGCUAACGAGCCAUGCACGUUCAGCCGGCUCCAGAGCUCUUGGGAGCUCUCCUGGCCUGGGGGACCCACUACCCUCUGGAUAAUCAUUUUGCCUCAGCAUCUCUUCCCUUCCCCCAGUUUCCAAGUGCCUCAUCUCUGCCAGCCCCCGGAAGGACUCUCCCCUGCGGGCUCGGUGCUGACGGCGGGCACAGAAAUGAUCUGUUUCUCCGCAGUUUCCCUGUCUUCCUUGGCGGCUCCCUUUAACCCCUGCCUUCCCAGGCCUGAUGUGCACAAAGACUCUCCUGGCCCCGCAGACUGCCGGGUCCAGACUAGCAGCUCAGCCGCUGAGUAACAAGGGGCUGUUCCUCGGCGCGUUCCCCGCGGAGCCAGCUCUUGACGGCCUUUCCUGGCCCUGCUGACUUCCCCUCUUCUUGGCCAGCUCGUGCAACUCUCACUUCUCUUCUUGGCUUUGCCCUGGUCCGACUUAAAAGUGCCAAAGGAGCUCUGUCUGGGGUGAGUUUCGGCCCCAGCCGUGCCUGAUCCCCAAACGCCUCUUGGUCGCUGCUUUUCAUGAAGCGAUGCACGCGUCUCAAGUGCAUUCCCUGCCGCCCCUCAGGAUUCGGCUUCCUUUGCGUUUUUGCUUUAGGGCCUGUUUGACUAACCAUUGCCCAUUGGCAUUUUCCCCUUCUCAAGUCAGCUGUCGCUCUUGGCUAUGUGCUGUCCUAGGACACCGGCCCUAACUAUCGACUGCGGUCGCUGGGGGUGCUCAGCAGCUGGCCGCUGGCCUUUUUCAAGCGCACUCCUCCUGCACGCUCCUCGGGACGGAGCCGAGGAUGGCCUCUCGCCGUUGCGGUUCUCUGCUCCCAGAAGCAGCCGCUGCAGGUUGAGAAAUGGUUUUGCCGAACACGGUGCUCUUGUAUGUUUGGCUCUUUACACGGGGGUAGUUGAACCCCCCACCCCGUAUCACUGGGUUAAUUUUGCUGCCUGCUGGGUUGUCUCAUCACUGGCGCUUUUCUUUCACGGGUAGAGCCGGAUCUUUCACCGAGUUUUCUUGUGUUCACACACCGAAUUGUAAAGUUCCUCCUGUUAGAUGACUUGCGGCUGGAUUCGCGUCAUAGAGGACUAGGGCUGGAACCGGGGAGGUCGUCUAGUCCGAGCCCUGCCUGAGGCAGGAUCGUAGAAAUGUUAUCUGUAGAUUUGGGGGGAAAUGGCUGAGCUUUUGGGCCAUUUCUGAGAGACUGUUUCUUGUCUGUGGUAAAAUUAAACACGUUUUAAUCUUUGGAAAAGCUCACGCUUUAAAAAAGUAAUGAUUGUCACAAAUGUUGGCUACUUUAUUGUGAGCAACUCAUAACCAUGCGAGCUGUAGCGCAGUUCAAAAUGUGAACGAGAAGUCCGUUGUCCUCCUAGAAAUGAGGACCGUAGAAAUGCCUGGAACCAGAUGCCAGCAGAGUCUGGGGGCUUUUCUUUGGUUUGGGAUGUGAUAACAUUUAGCAGCGUGGGAUUUUCUUGCUGCGUUUGCUCCCCGAGGGUGUGUUCGUGGUGCUGACCUGGACCCCACGAGAGGGCUGUCCCUGUCUGUCUGGCACUAACUUACACCUGGUGAUUUUUCAGGCACUUCAGUGACGAUGUUGGCUGCUCUUUUACUGGCAGUCCUUCGGAUUGUCCUUCGGUCGGAUGCGUUUCUCUGCCCUGAGGAAUGCAAGUGUGUUCCCACUGAUACCAUCCACUGCUCCGGUGCGGUCCUCACGGACCUGGCCUCCCUGGGUCUGCCGACCAGCCUGAUAGAGAUCCGGCUCUCUCACACCCGUGUAAGAGCCCUGACGGAUGAUGUUUUCUCCAAUAUGACUGUUCUGCAGCAUCUCAGUUUGUCUUCAAACCAGCUCGCUGUGAUUUCGCCAGGAGCAUUUAAAGACCUGAUAAAGCUGAAGAUCCUGAGUCUGUUGGACAACAAGGUAGUUCAGCUUCCCCCCGGGGUGUUUGAUCAAAUGACGAACCUCCAGCAAUUGAUCCUUGAAGAAAACCAGCUGAGACACGUGGAGGGAAGUCUGUUUGACAAGCUGGUCAAUUUGCAAGAGCUAUUUUUGAACAAGAACAAUCUCACGGAGCUUCCUGAAGGAUUGCUGAGGCGCCUUGUCAAGCUCAAGUUACUGAGCUUAUCCCGAAACUCUCUGUCAGUCCUGCCUAGAAAUAUAUUUAGCAAGUUAACCAAGCUGGAGAAGCUGUUUCUGUAUAUGAACAGGCUGACUUCAAUAGACGCUGAUGUGUUCAAUAACCUCGGGGAGCUGGUGCAACUCCAACUGUAUAGAAAUAAUAUUCAGUCCAUCGCCCCUGGUGCCUUUCACCAUCUCCUUAAACUGAAAUCACUGUCGCUGUCCAGAAACAAGCUGCAGUCCCUGCCUCACGGGCUUUUUCUGCAUUUAAACAAUUUGACUGUGCUGUCCUUGCAUAGCAAUCCACUGGGAUCCCUUCCAGAAAUCCUGUUUGGAGAAAUGAGGCAGCUUCGGAGUCUGCGGUUAUAUGAAACUCAACUCACGGCCCUCCCAGACUAUGUCUUCAGUAACCUGACAAAUCUGGAGCUCCUGGUGCUGACUUCAAACCCCGAGCUCACCGUUCUGCCAAGCAACGUGUUCAGUGGUCUCAAGAACCUGGUCAAUCUGUCCCUGCAUGCAAACAACAUCUCUCAUCUGCCAGGCGGCCUCUUCCGGGGCCUUCGGAGCGUGCAGGAGAUUUCCCUUCAUGGCAACCCGAUUGCAGUUCUUCCUGGAAACCUCUUCCACCAUCUCGGCAAACUUCAGAAAAUUUACCUAAAUAGUACCAGGCUGCAGUCCCUUCCCGGAGACGUCUUUAUGUCCUUACCCCAGCUCCAAGAGGUCUGGCUUGACAACAACCCCUGGAAAUGCGACUGCCACAUAAGUGGACUUGCAGGGUGGCUCCAAAAGAACGUGGACUUGGUAGAGAGAGGCAGGUUGGUCACCUGUGACAGCCCGUUCGCCCUCCAGAACUCGUCUCUCUUGGCCCUGGAUCAACACUUCCUCUGCCUGUCCCCCACGGCCCUCGCACACCUCGCCUCUGAGAGCUCGUCUCGCUCGCAGGCCUCGUCUCCUCCUGUGACGGCCUCUCCGAGGCCUGACACUGCUGCUGUGCCCCCCACACGCUCCCGUGUGUCUCUGACAGUUAAUACUGAAUUUGUCGACUUUUCUUUUUCCAGUGGUGAAGAGAUAGAUCAGUCAGGGUUUUAUUCCACGGAGAAUCCCACCCGACCCCCAGGCGGCAUGGUGGAAAGCAUCGCCAGCAUGGGAGAGGUGAUUGCAAGGCCUUCCCCUUCGUACACAAGACCACAGGACCGCCGCAGCACUCAGCUGGGUUUUGACCUCACAGUUCCUCGUUGCCAAAUGUAUUUGUGCGUUUAUGUUUUGGCUUUAACGGUACAAGCUGUAGCCAUUGGGACCACCUUGUACGUGGCUGGUAACAUCGGGUGGCUUCUGCGUAGUAGCAACGCCUCUGUCCAGUCUGUUCAACUGGUCAGAAUUAAUCCUCGUUAGGAAUACAGGUGAGGAGCCAGGCACCCGCGCAGCACGGAGGAUUUGUUGCAUUCCUGCUUCACAGUUUAGAUAGCGCUGGUGUAAUUCACGGGGUCGUGUUGCACAUCCUGCACGGCCAACACUGAACAGAGGAUGUGCGCGUGCUUACCUUCUGCUCAGCACCGCAUAUGCAGAACAGGCACUUCCUUGUGCUGCUUACGCCAUUUUCCAUAGGUAGUUGCAACUGACCUGCUUUAUAUGACAGUGGUUCACUUUGGCCCGCUGCAGAGCGCUCGGGGAGCUGGGAAUCCUAGCGCCGUGGACCUGGAAGGGUCCUCCAGAGUUGCAUCUAGUCCAGCCCCUUGCCUGAGGCAGGGUCAGCCCUGUCCAACCCACCCCAGGUAAAGCAUAAUCUGAACUCUCCGUAAGCCUAGUGUCAAGCCUGGCGCAACGCAGACCGAACACCCCGACCUGCCACAGGCAAAGCAGGGGAACCCCUGCAGCCGGCGCUCCGCUUCUCUGAAAUGUCGUUGAUAUACGUUCGAGAGGUCCCGGGUAGGGGCCGUGCCCCCCACCAGUCCAUACCAGUCUGACCAGGGGGUAAAAUUCCUUCCUGACCCCAGAUAUGGCAUCAGUCUGACCCCGAGUAGAAGGGCGAGACCCCCUAGCCAGGAACGUCUGGCUUUGGUCCCAGCAGGAGCAUUGGCACAGCCCAUCCCCUGCCAGGGCUGCAGCCAGCACCUCUGCGGGAGACUUAAAGACCCCUUGACACAUGGAGCAUGGUGUGCGUUGGGGAGUGAGGGACAAGCAGCAAAGCUCAGAAGUGUGGGAAAUCCCCGUGCCUCAACACAGACAUCACUGCAUCUAGAUCACCCCGGCCAGGGCCUGUCCAACCUCUUCUUGACACCUCCAGUGAUGGGGAGUCCACCCCUUCCCGGGGCGUCUCUUCCACCACCUCCCAGCUCCAACAGCGAGGUUUUUCUGAUCUCCAAUCUAAACUUUGCUGCAACUUCCAGCCAUUGGUGCAUACCCUCUCUGCAGCAAUGUGCUUUCCCUCUUCUUUAUAGCAGACCUUCAGGUAUCUGAAGACUUCUGUCAUGUUGAUAGAAGGACACGGUCGGUUGACUAUGCCCAGCUCCUUCAGCCUCUCCCAUGACUUGCCUUCCAAGCCCUUGAUCACCUGAGCUGCUGCCUCUGGACCCUCUCUAACUUCUCCACGUCCCGUUUAAAACAUGGAGCUCAGAACCACACACAGUAUCCAGAUGAGGCCUGACCCGUGCCGAACACAGUCACCAUCACCUCCGGGUCUUGCACCUAAUGCUAUUUAUUGAUGCAGCUCCAAACCCCGUUUGCCUUUUGUGCAGCUGCCGCACGCUGCAAACUCCUAUUGAGUCUGUGAUCUACCACGGCUCCCACGUCCUUUUCCAUAGAGCUGCCAUUGAGCCAGGUGUCCCCCUUGUUGUAUUUGUGUAGAAAGAAAGGGCUCUUGGUCCCUUGCAAAGGUUAUGUUGCUCCAGGGUCUGGAAUGAGCUGUUAGCUUCUUGCCGGUGUCUGAGCCCCUUUGGGUACGGGCUGCAGAGGAAACUGGGCAACUCGCUGCCAGGGCUGAGAGCCACUUGCUUGUGGCGGGCUGAGCGCCACCAUUGUGCUCGGUGAGAUACCAGCUUGGGAUGCAGAGCAGCAGGAGCAUGGGCGUGCGAGAUGCUGACACCCUGCACCCAUAUAACAGCAGCACGCCGGGAGGCUGGGUGCGGAGCACCUCCGAAGUGAAGUUUGGACAAACAGCCCGGUUUGCUACGAGCGGGCAGGGACUCCGCAAUU